UUCACUAUAACUAUGAAUCCCCGGCACUUUAGGCUACCAACUGCUUCGAGAGUUCGCAUCACGACAGAAGAAAAAAUACAACAUGUGCCCAGAAACGGAGUGCGGAAUCUGUUACCGAUCUUACAACCUCGGUCGGCGGUGUCCUCGACAGCUGUGCUGCAAACACACGUUCUGUGAGAGCUGCCUGGUGACGCUCGCGCCGUCCGUGGAUAGCCCUCAACCCCGCGUAAUGUGUCCCCUGUGCCGUCACUCGACUUCGCUGACGAAGGCGAGAAUCCAAGAGAACCUACCGAUAGACGAAGACAUUUUUGAUAGACUAGUAACCGCGGGCAGCGUGGAGGAAUGUGCGGAUGAUGAUGAAGACACCGAGAAGCCAAACCGGGACGUGGUCAUCCUACCAAAAGAGGACGUCCCGCCGCCGCCGCCAAGAUCGCGAAAAGGACACCUGCGGCUAUGCUUAAGUCGCCUGUGCAAAAAAGUCACCGGGGGUGCGCGAAGAAAUUGUGUGACUGAUGAAGACUUGAGGGACCUGGCAAUGAUGGCCUGCUACAUGAUGUGAAAGACAACAUUUCAAGUUGUUGAUUGUCAUUCAGACACUCCUUAGGCCAAAAUAUGCAACCACACACAAUUAAGGGAACAGAUGAAAUCAUUCAAGUAUCAUCUAUAUUGAAAAACACUGGUUUACUGCUAAUCUGAACAUUUGGGUGGAUGUGUCCCCUUCUGUGACUGUGGGGGUCACUGCCCUGCCUCCAGGUUGUGGAUGACACCCCGCAGAGGGAUCCUGGAUGAUGUGUUUGAGAGCUGAAGCGGUGGAAUGUCACCUGUGAAGGAGGACUGUUUGCUGUCGGGUGUGGCUUGUCACCAUAACAGACGUUUAGGAUUGUUAGCAACCUAUAAUCAUGGCAACAAAAAC